AUGACAAUCGUGACAAAACGAUGGGAGAAUACCACGAAUGACAUAAAUCUCAAUAUAUAUAAACGAUUGAUACCAGUCGAACGUCAAAUAUUCAACUUUAAUAAGAAUGGCGUCAAAAUCGAUUUAAAGAUCGUUCCAUCAGCUAAGAAUGAUUCAAUGAAAAAUAAGAACGAUGAUUACUUUCCGGAGUUUCCCGUAAGGGACAUAGGCAAAUGCAUCAUCAAAUUUUCAUUUGGUUGCAUCAAAGAACGUUUUAUCCGUUUCGUAGAAACAGUAGGUCGCCUCGAUGAAAUCACAUUACUUGGGCAAGAUGUGAAGUUGGUGAAGACCAGAAUAACACGUGGAUCCAAAGCUCGAUCUAUGAAUGACUCGGAAGUCAGUAUCGAGCGCAGCAUAAAUGAUUUCUUCGAUUCCUUUACUCUGCGUAUCACGCUACCUAGAUGGAAUACUAAGCGAGAAAAGAAUCAAAUUGACGUGAUGUUUGACGAGACAGCUGUAGCAGAAGGACGAGGAAAGAAAGGUGGAGGCGGAUGUGGUGGAGGCAAAGGCGGAAAAUGCAAGAUGAUGAUGAUGGGCAUGGUGAUGAUGCUUAAAAUGAAGCUCAUAGGAUUGAUGUCGUUAAAAAGUAUAAUGAUGGGCGGAAUGUCUCUAAUGGUUUCAAUGAUGAUGUUGAUGAGCAAAUUCGGGAAAGGCGGAGGGGGUGGUGGCCCUUGGAAAGGAGGAGGAGACUACAAAGAGAUAGUACUCCUUACAAAAUCUUCGGGCGGUGGCGGACAUAGCGGUAGUUAUGGUGCACCUCCACCAAGUAGUUACGGUGCACCUCCAUCAAGUAGUUAUGGUGCACCUCCAUCAAGUAGUUAUGGUUCACCUUCAGGAGGCGGCGGCGGUUAUGGGGGAGGUGGAUGGGGUCGCAGUUUCCACAAACAGCCAAUGAUGUACGAUAAAGAGACUAAGACAGAAACUGCGAAUGGAUUUAAUCGCAUUCCAAUGACAGGAGAAGUUAUUUCAAAUGUAGGAGGUAUUGAUUACCUGGACUAUCAAGAUUAUCAAGAACCAUCAUCAGUUAUAAACUCAAGUUCUAGAAUUUCUAAUUGGAACACGCCAAGCUAUUCCGCCUUCCACCAAGACGGAGACACCGACGUAAGUACUGGUUCGGCAAAAAAUAAUUUGAAGUCAGAAGCGAUAGUAAAUGCAGGAGGAAGAAGUUUCAUCUUCAACGAGACUCCACCUAUUAAUAUUGUAAAUGUAAUUGAAAAAACUGUUGAUACAACGACAACCACGGAGCAAUCUGUUACUCAUGAAUUCGCCACAAAUACGGUAUAUAUGGAUGAAUGGCAAGCUACAGCUGAAAAAGCAGAUUCUAACGUGCAGCAAAUCGAGUUACGAUCUAAAAAUAUACCUUUGUUACGUAAAAUUUAG